ACGCUUUGUUGAAAGUAUAACGUAUAUAUAGUUGAUUUCGGAACGACUUGUAUUAAAAAGUUUGAAAUACGUAAUCACGUUCGGUUUUGUUCAUGUAUUUUGUCUAAAAUUUGACAAGAAAUAAUUUCUAUAUGUUUUACUGACGAUGAGUAAAAGAUGUGCUGCGAAAACCUGUUUCAAUACAACAUCGUGCAAACCUACCUUGAAAUUUUUCAAAUUCCCAAAAGACAAAGAAAUGUGUCGUUUGUGGGCUGAGAGGUGUGGCAGACCUGAUCUCCUGGAGCUGCCCCCAGAGAAGCUGGCCAAUGCUCGACUGUGCGCCGAUCAUUUCGAAACUCGUUGGUUCCUGAACCCACAAUUCAAGACCGCUUUCGUGCGCAACUCUGAACCAGUUCCGACUAUAUUUCACAACAAUUUGCGGGAAUUCAUUCCAAAAUCGCUAAAGAAGAAUUACGUCUCAAGCAAAGGUUCUUGGAGCAUCCCUCGUUUCAUAGCUAUAAAGAAAGCUAAGUUUGAGUCACAGAAGAGUAAAAAUGUUACAAGUGAAGACAAAGUAAGUCCACUUCCGCAGCCUCACCAGUUCGAGGUGUCGACAUCUGUGGGAUGUCACAAGAUGUGUCGGCUGUGUGCCUGCCUUGUCCAAGAAGCAAAGCUGAUAAACAUUUUUUCUAGUCAACAUUCUGAUAUCAUUAAAAAAAUUAACAGAUUUCUAAGAAAGAGUGCGUGGAUGGGAGAUGGCCUUCCACACUACAGCUGCGAAUCGUGCAUUGAGAAACUUAAUUAUUGCGAAGAAACAGUUUCUUCUUUUAUUGCAGCUGACACAAAGCUGAGAGAAUUAUCAUUAGCAAAACCAGUAACAUUUAUGCCUUCGGAUGGAGAUAGCAGUUACAUGCUUGCUGAAAGCAGUAAAAAUAACGAAUCAUCACCUGCAGUUGGAAGAUGUAAUAAGGUGUUCAUGUUACGAAAGAAAAACAAAGAGCAGGAGCUGGAAAUGGCUACGUCAGGUGACAAUGUAUUUGACGGGGGAGAAUUUGAAGUACUAUCCAAAGACCAGCUGGAUUGUGAAGUCCGUGACGAGUGUUUAAGUCCGAGUGUAGACGACAGCGGGAACUAUUUAGAGGGUGAUUUGGUGCAGUUUGUAAGUGUGCAUCUGGAACAAGACAGUUUUCUUAGGAAGUCAGAUGUGGAAAAUGAUACUUUGAGUGCAGCCGCUUCUGAAACGACUCUUCUGACAAAGACCUACAGUUGUAAAAAAUGUGGUUUAAAUUUCUCGGAAAAGAGCAAGUUGUUGUUUCAUGAAAUCUCGGAACAUGUUGUUGAAGGGAAAGCAAAGAUUAAAAAUACAGGAGAUAACUUUAAAGUUGAUGUUAGUUCAGAACAGGGUACAGUCUCCAAUACGGACAAACAAGAGAUGACUACUUGCAAACUUUGUGGACAAGGAUUCAUCGGUCAGCGAUCACUGAAGAAGCACAUGCGUGAUUGCCAUGUUCUGAAGGCUAUCAUCUGCUUAUACUGUGGUGCUCGUUUUACUGCCAAGAGUCAGUUGUUAGAUCAUCUUCGACUGCACACAAAUGAAAAACCUUAUUCCUGUUCGCUUUGUGAUGCUAAGUUCCACUUCAAGAAAGAAUUGCGUAGACAUAAGCUCCUUCACACCAAGUCUCAAGCGGUUGCGUGCAAUGUGUGCAGUAAAGUUUUCAACUCGAGACACUAUCUUUGGAGACACAAGCGAACUCAUUCCCAGAACAGAUGCGUCUUGUGCUACCUGUGCGGUAAAGUUUUGUCCAACGCCCAAAGCCUGAAGGUUCACCUGCGGACACAUUCCAGCGAGCGCCCGUGUACCUGCAGCUCGUGUGGCAAGAAAUUCAAAGACGAUGCGUCGCUGUCAAAGCACGUGGUCAUGCAUUCUGUUGAGAAAAAUUUCAAAUGCGAUGUUUGCAGCAGAGCGUUCUACAGCAUGGCACUUGUGAAGCAGCACAAACUGAGUCACUCUGGAGUGAAGCCGUUCAAGUGUGAUGAGUGCGGGUCGUGCUUCAAUCGGCUCGGCAACCUGAACCAGCACAAGAAACGUCAUCUGCGUAAGGAGGAACUAGACCAGUCGAACCUGGACACGCUGUUCGAAUGCUCCGUUUGUGGCAAGAAAAUGAGGUCGGAGCUCACGCUCAAGUACCACAUCGCGAAGCACACGGGCGAGAAAAAACCAUUUGACUGCGAAACUUGCGGCAAAAGGUUCAUAGCCCUCGAGCCGUAUCGUGUCCACGUGCGGAUCCACACGGGGGAGCGGCCGUACGUUUGCGGGGUGUGCAACAAGUCGUUCCGUAGUCCGUACACUCUCAAACAGCACGCGGGGCUGCACCGGGACGAAUUCCCGUACGCUUGCCCGUAUUGCGAGAGGAGGUUCAAGCGCUUGCAGUCGCUCAUUGUGCACAAGCGAACUCACACCGGAGAAAAGCCCCACGUGUGUCCUUUGUGUGGUCGCUGCUUCGCCCAGAAGGGAGACAUGUUGAAACACACAAAAACUCAUAAACAAGAUCAUUUGCCGCCUGCGAACAAGGAUCAGGGAGAUGAGUUAGUGUUAGAGAUGGAUCAGAUUACAGAUUUUGCUCUCAGCGAUACAGAAAUCACAAAUGAAUUUCUAAUAAAUAUGCCCAUUGUGGAAGUACAAACAGAAAUUCAGUGAUUUUUGGAGUUUUAUUCAGCACUGUUUAUAGUUAAUGAUAUUCCCCUUAAUUUUUGUUAUGAUUUAUUAUAAUAUUAAUUUCUGAUACUAUGCUUAUAGAUGUUUUAUUGGGUAGAGUAAAUUAAAUUACAAAAUAAUAACCAGUUUUCUUUUUAAAUAAAACUCUGGUUCUUUUGU